GCGAAACAAGUUCUUUUUGUGCGCUGACCUGAGAUAUUGUACAUUUAGUUCGAAUGUUCUUGAUAUGGGGGUUGGAGUUUCACUUUUGGUUUCAACCAGUGAAUCAGGACGGGCCUCGGGCGUAAAAAGGAAAAGAGGUGGCAAAAGAAUCGAAAUCUCUUCCUGAUUCAGAAGAAUAUUUUGUAUGUUCCUUGAAAGGAGUACUGCUUCUUUAGAAUGUUUCAUUGGCUUUGUUUGGCAUGGAUGGUAACCAGCAGCGCUGAGGGUUUGGCUGUACUACAGAGUGCCUUUGUCAAGAAGAUACUACAGCAGGAUCCUGCUUUUUGCUUUCGACCAUUAAACACAUCUCUGUGCAACGAUAAAAUUUUUCAGGACGUCUUUUCGAAUCAAACAGCAGACAUUUUCGAUCCAUCCAGAAAGACUCUGGCUUUUCUCUUCACUCCUCUCAGUCCUCGGCACCCCGAGUUUUUGCACAAAUGCGACUAUGGUUUACCAAACAACACUCUUUUUGAUCCGAAGCUGAAGACAGAAAUCUUCAUCCAUGGCUUCCUGGAUGGUGUCUGUAGAUCAGCUUGGAUGAGAGAAAUGAAGCGAGAACUUUUCAAGAGAGGGCCGUACAAUGUGAUACUGGUCGAUUGGACUUGGGGAAACGGUCCCAACUACAUAGACAGUGCUGAAAACACAAAACUCGUUGGCAAGCAGCUUGCAUUUUUGUUGCAGAAUAUAAUGAAACAAUCUGGAGUAGGCCCUGAUAACUUCCAUUUAAUAGGCCACAGUUUCGGUGCCCACAUUGCUGGCUUCGCUGGAAAAAUCGUUAAGAAUAUAAGGAGGAUUACAGCUCUAGACCCUGCUUUGGCUCCUUUUCAGAACAUGACGAGAUCCGAGAAAUUGGAUCCGACGGACGCUAAUCUUGUCGACGUCAUCCAUACAAAUGGAGGGACGCAAGUAGGCGUUGUUCUGGGUGACAUUAAUCCAUUGGGACACGUUGACUUCUACCCCAAUGGAGGAACGCAGCAAGACAGUUGCAGGCCCCACAUAGUCAAGUCAUUCUUCUCUCUUGAUUUUCUUUACGCCACAAUCUCUUUGAUUCCCCGAAUAUGCAGUCAUUUGCAUGCCGUGCAGUACUAUAAGGCGUCCAUCAACCCAAGUAAAUGCGAGUUCAUAGGAGUCGAGUGUCCUGAUUACGAGUCUUUCUUGGCAGGAAACUGUUCAUCGUGCCAGAAGAAUGGGCAGAACUGUGCCAUCAUGGGCAUGAACCACGAAUUCUAUUACAGAUCAUCCAAUAGCCCACUGCCUCUCUUCAGACGAUUUUACCUCACUACCACACAUCUUCAUCCUUACUGUGAUAACAGCAUCUUGAACUUAGAAUGAAUUUUACCCUGAUGACUACUUCAACUGUACAUUUCACAUAAAAGUCAUUUGUAAUUUAAAUAUAAAUAAAUUUUUAUGUUGUU